CACACGAUAAGUCCUUAUGCAAACUAGGCUCUGAAAAAAAAAACCCCACCACCUUUAGGAACAUUUGACAAUUUUUUCUGCCUUCAAAAUGCCCUCUAUGACAGCCUAGCAGGGGGGAUGACUGACAACUCAUGGGGCCCCCAGGCAAUAGGGGAUCAUGGGGCCCCUGUGUCCUUGCCCAAACUCAAAAAAGCCUAUGAAAAAGGUACCAGGGGCAUCUCAUGGGGUCCCCUACUGACCCCGGGCCCUCGGGCAGUGCCCGAGUUUCCAAAUGGUCAGUCCGCCCCUACU